AUGAAAUCUGUCAAGGUAUUUCUCCUGUCCCUCGUGUGCUUGGUUUGUGUCUAUGUUGUAAGAUGUUCUGAUGUGAAACUGGUGAAUAAUGGUUAUGAAAAUGUCGUCAUUGCUAUUAAGCCUGGAAUAUCAGAGGAUCCAAUGCUCAUUACAAACAUUCAGGAAAUGGUGAGGUCAGCUUCAAACGUCUUGUACAAAGCCACCAAACAUCGAGCUUAUUUCCGAGAUGUGAAAAUCCUAUUGCCCAUCACCUGGAGUUCACAGCCCCACUAUCAGAGACCAAGCACCCAGUCUUAUGAAAAGGCUAAUGUGAUCAUUGCUAACCCACAUACUCAGUAUGGAGAUGACCCAUACACUCUGCAGUAUGGCCAAUGUGGUGACAAGGGCCGGUACAUUCACUUUACCCAAAACUUCAUGUUAGAUGAUGCCCUGAUCCAAGUUUAUGGUGAAAGAGGUCGUGUAUUAGUCCAUGAAUGGGCUCACCUUCGGUGGGGAGUGUUUGAUGAAUACAAUGAUCUGGUACCCUUUUAUGCUGUCGGCGAUACAUAUGAGGCAACCAGGUGUUCAAAGGAAAUUAAAGGAUUAAAAGCCUCUUGUUCUGAAGUUUCCUGUCGUGCCUGUGAUCCCAGCACAGGGCUCCUAGACGCUGACUGCAACUUCUUUCCAGACCAGAACCAAGUGACAUCAACUUCAAUAAUGUACACAACAGGAUUACCAGGGGUAAAUGGGACUAUUAAGAGGCAACAGCUACUUCUGCAAAUGUUUCACGUAUAAAGUCUUGCUGUUUGCAGAGGUUACGUUCCUUGAAAAUGUUGCAAAUGCUGACAUCACAGAGGGUAAUGAGAGUCAGUUGGAUAGUUUCCAAAUAGCCAAAAAUACUGACAUAUACAGACCUAGUAGACAAUAAAAUGCAAUAAAACAAUUAUAUUAUUGAUGUUUUACAGGAGAUAUAAUGUGGUAAAAUGAGGGACAUAGUAAGUUCCUUAAAUCAACCCCUUGUUGUAAGGCCUCCUGCAUUAUAAAUGUUACAAUAGUGUGUAUAUGCAUUGUGGAAGCUGAUACAUAUGCAGUGCAACUUUCCAGUCUUGGCA